AUGAGGAUUUCCCCAAGACGACCGCCGCAUAGACCAGUUGAACAUCAAGAUCAUUAUAACCGACGUGAUGCAUAUACCCCUGAUAGACGAGAUCUAGCUACUCCACCAAAACGUUCUACAAACCCACGUGAAGAUCAUACUCGUGGCAACCCAGGAUAUGAAACACCUAAAAGACAUGAGGAAAUACACGACAGACAUCCAAGAACACCUCAAUAUCAACAUGAUCAAGGUCCUCAAUAUGAUAUACAUAGGCAAAAUUAUGAAAAUCUCCGACUAAAGACACCUGAGCAACCAAUGAAAUACGACUCGACGGGAAAUGAUUCACAUGACGUACAUGGCAGCCGACCCAACAGUCAUCGUGCAGACAGGCAAACACCACCUGUGUCUGGAGUUCUCACUAGCGCAUCCCAGAUGACGUCAUCAAAGGCACUCUGGGGUCGUGAUUUUGGGGACAAACCAAGCGAAAAAGUUGGGUCCAGUACAUACAGGCAGGAUUUCCCAACGUAUGCUUUAGACCAUCAUGAACGUAAAGACAAGGAAAGAUAUAGAGAAAACUUCGGUUCGUUAGCUGAAAGAGAUAUUUAUCGCCGAGAUAGCGAUGAUGGUUCAAUCCAGGGAGAUCAGAGAAGAUCGGCACAACAUGCACGCCAUAUUGAAACACCAGAUCACGAUAACAGACCUGUUGAAUUAGGUAAACGGUUCAGAGAACUAUACACUCAUGAAUGGACAGAUGCCUAUGAUGAAAUAUGUAAGGACUUUGGUUCCGAGAAAACCGUGCGACAUCUUCUUUGGAUUGUAACCGAAGCAUGGUUGAUAUCCGGAGAUGUUGCCGAUAAACAGCUUAAAGACCUUGAAAAAACUGCAAUACGUUUAAUGAAAACUCCAAAUAAAGAAAUCUUAGUGACGACCCCUACACCUACACCAACUCCUUCUUCAUCUUCCUAUCCUACACCUACGCCUGAUAAUCAUGGUAGUUUUAUUCCCCGUCAACUUGGAGACACUCUCCCAGCUUCAAGGACGCUUCUACUGAAGUACAGGAAGCAAACAGCUGUGUUGUCAAUACCGUAUGUUAAAGAGGAAUGUCGAGAAAAGAUCAGUAAAACAUUAAUUGAAUCAUCUGGAUUUCCCAAGUCCUAUCUCAGCGAUGCAUCACGUUUAACUGCUUACAUUAACAAAUGUGCUGAACUGACGUGGUUAAUGUCUGUCCAGGAUCCUCCUAUUGUCCUAGAAUACAUCACCAAGGAAACCGAGGGAGCUCGAUUCAACGCUGAACAUUACCAUGUGUACACGAAACCUGGCAACACUUACGACUAUGGAGUCUGGCCAAUGCUUAGACAGGGCAAGAAAGGACCAAUUAUAGCCAAAGGAAUAGCUCAAGGGAUAUAACUCGUUCAUACUGAUAGAAUCAUAGUAGUAAUUACUAUCUAAAUCCAUACGGAAUUAUUGUCUCGUGGACGGUUUACUCUCUGAAUUUAAAGAUGCACUAGAUUAAUUUUGCAGCCUGAAAACAGUGUAUGUUUUCUAUUUUAACACUUUAAUAAUUUUCAGCCAAGUAAAGCAGGAAGCAUUAUGGGAGAAAACAGUUAUUUUUUCAUACAAGUGUCUGACUUUCUUUUGACAUGUGCAUGUUUGAUUGUUUGCAAUAGGCCUUUUAGAACUUUAGUAGUUUAUACUUAGUGUUCCUAUCAUUUCGAUAAAUUUGGAAUAAGAGAAAAUUUGAAUGUGUUUUAUUUUUUUUUAUCAAGAUACGUUUACCUAUUUAAUGUAAAAAAGAACUAUGUCAUUUGACAUUCAACAAAAGAUAACUGCACAUUGCCUGUGAAUGAUAGAAGUAGGUAUGUGAACAUUAUAAAAUUAUAAUUGUUUUUCUAUCUUUAUUACUAUAUUAUAUUUACAUUGUACAGUAUGCUAUUCUUAAUCUGUUAUUGUGAUACACAAAUACCUAUAUAUUUGAAAGUCUGUGAUAUUUAUUUUGUAAAUGACUGUGUGAAUGAAAUAAAACAUGAAAAAACA